AUGGACGAUAUAAAUCAACUUUCGGCUGUAAUUCCUCCAAGUGCAGGUCAGGCUAACCGCACAGUGCCCCUGAACCGGUUCGACCCCAAGUAUGCCUCGUUCGGGCCGCGCGCGCCGCGCCCCCGCCCGCCUGCGCCGCCGCCCGCCCUCGCCACGUUCUCGCCCGACGCGCCGCGCACGCACGCGCACGCAUCCAGCAAUUCGCACGCCCCUCGCGCCCCACACGUCCCCCAUUCCGCUAACCCCGCCCACGCGGCGCACCCCCCUCCGGACAAGUACGCGACGGUGCGCCCGCAGCGCCGGACGGACCCGCAGCCGCUAUCCGCCGCAGCACUUGAAUAUAGGAGCCUUCAACGUCCGAGACGCCAACCCAACAACAACCAACGCCGUCAACGACAACAACAGCAGCAGCAGCAGCAACAACAACAGCAGCAGCAGCAGCAGCAACACGACCAACGCGACCUAUACGCCGUGACGGAGUUGUAGCAGUGCCCCAAGCAGAUGACCAUACGCCUCCGGUGCGACGAGUGUAAAUCUGCUACUAAACUUUAGUUCAAACGAUUCUGUGCGUUAUUUCUAUGACACUUAAUGUUAUUUUACGACAUAACUGAAACCAGUGAAUUGUGGAACUUUUUAUGCCAAAUUUGGUUUUUGCACCCCGAAAGAAAGUCGACACGAAGUUUAAAUGUCCAAUUGAAUUUUCAAUACAAUUGGUUUAAUUCGAAUUCUUAACCAAAACAACAAUACGACCAACGCGGCCCAUAAAAGUUGUAGCAGUGCGCCUUCGGUGCGACAAGUGUAAAUCUGUUAUAGAACUUUAGUACAAGUGGUUAUGUGCGUUAUUUCAAUAUCAUUAAAGGUUUUUUUACCAAUUACCUGAAGACGGAUGAAGAGUUAUGAUUGUGACAUGGUAUAAGACAACAUUAUGUUUUGGAAAUUGUUAAGAAACGUGAUGUAAAUUUCCAUUAUCUUAGGAUAUUUCGAUAUGUAAUUUCUGACUCAAAGACAACAAACAACAACGUUAACAUCGGAAACAACACGACAUAGUUAUUAAAAUCUUCUGAAACUAGUUUCUAAUAUAAGUCAAUGAAACUAGUAGCUAUUUUUCAAGUACACCCCCAUCAUAGGAAUACAGUAAUGAGUACAAUCUGAUACAAAACUUUGGUGCAAUCGAUUUUGUGCGUUAUUUGUAUAAACUUAGAUACUAUUUUAGAUUGAAAAUGGUUAUAGUAACCGAAAGAAAGACACAGGUUCAAUAUUACAAUACAUCAGUACCGAAAACUACGCUUAUUCAUGAUAUUAAGAAAUAUCUAGAAAACACUCAAGCAGUUUCUAUGCUCAUCAUAGUAACGCAGAGAGUGGUAAAAACGAUUUUAAUGCAGAAAUAUUCGACUAUACGAAAAUGUAUUCCAUCACAAAGAACUAGUUAUGCUAUUAAGCAAUUCUUUAUAGGCAGCCAUUAAUUACAAUUUGUAGCAAUAAUAAAUCUCAAAAAAACUCAUAUAAUAUUUA